AUGCUCCUCUUCUGUCUGGUAACAGGGCGGCUCAGUGUGAAGCAGGAGGAGAUCGAUGAGAUGCUGAAGGAGGCCUCGGGCCCGAUCAACUUCACCAUCUUCCUCACAAUGUUCGGAGAGAAACUCAAAGGAGCCGAUCCGGAGGAAACCAUCCUCAACGCCUUCAAAGUGUUCGAUCCCGAGGGGAAGGGGAUCCUGAAGAAGGAAUAUAUUACUGAGAUGUUGACCACACAAGCGGACCGGUUUUCUGCAGAGGAGAUGGAGCAGAUGUUCAUCGCGUUCCCUCCAGAUGCUGCGGGAAACCUGGACUACCAGAAUCUGGUCCACAUCAUCACUCACGGAGAGGAGAAGGACCAGGAGUAGUUCAUUCGGCCCUCAGCCAAUCACAGCGCUCCCUGUGUGUUUGUACCCGCCCACUUAUUUAUAAUUGACAGGCUUGAAACGGAGCUCAAAGUCAAUGUAGUUGCUGAAACGAGAAUGGUCAGAUUUUUUAACCUGUGAUGAUGUUGUGUUGAUGUUUGCACC